GAUCAACAUUAGGGUAAAUAUAUAAGUAAACAAUAACAGAUUGUUGGGUGAACUAACCCUUUGAAUAUUUACGACCUUAAAAAAUGGGUUGUAAAUGCUAAAAUAAUAUAUUUCUCUUUCAAUAUAUAGACAUUCAAACACACAAGUGUCUUAAUAGUAAACGUGAGCUACACCUGUGGUUCUGUGUGUGAACUUUAAGAGAACUCACCUCAUGCAUCCAGUAAAAAUCAGACCGAAACUACUUCAAAAGCGAAGUUAACUGUGAGAAAAGCUACUUAGAUAACAAACAAUCAGCUAUGUAAUUAAAUUCUUACAUUUCUAUUAGUAUGAAUUGCAAAGCGUAGCUUAAGUGUCCAAAUACUACUUAGGGUCAGUGCAUGUGCACCCAGAUGAAUGGUUUCUAUAUCCCAGAUUACCUCUCUAUUGGUUGUGGAGCUAUUGUCGGGAUAGGGCAGUUUGGGAAAGUUUUAUGCUUCCCUUGGUCCAAGUUGUUUCUCUUGCAAAUGAGCAGCUCGUUGGUGAUGGUGCAGAUGUUCUGUAAUGAGGGUCAUUAGGAGGGAGAAUAAGAAUGGCCUGGACUGCCAGGGCUCUGGGCGCCUCAUUAUGCAGACACAUUUAAAAGGUCGAUGGGGGUGCGAAUGGCUGCUUAAGGGUCCCAAACAAAACCAGGGGGAGGAGAGUCCAAAAGAAGCCAGAAUUCAAAUUCCACAGAAGAAACUGCGCUCAUUGUCAGAGCAGGAGGAUUUACCCUUUUAUUCGCAUAGUGGAGAUCCCGAGACACGCACCUCCGGAGCGCAACGCAUGUGGAUAUCCGAAAUGGCCACGGUUACGCGCGCACGAGUUUCACUGCUGCUCCUCGCCUUCAUGACUGUCGCUAUAGGAGUACAGUGCAGAUCGCUUCGCGCGCAGCUUCGCAAGGCGUCUUCGUUUCAGGGAGAGCGUAAAAUCCGCAUCGGACACGUCCAGAGACGCAGCCGUCGCGAGCCGGGAUCCGAGCACGACCAGUGCGCCCUCCUGAGCGCCCCGUGGACGGAGAGCACCACUCCGCCUGGUGACUGGGGCCAGAUGUACCGUCUGAAGAUACUGUCGACGAUGAGCGACGCUCCGCGUCGUGCCGUUUUCCCGGAACAGCCCCUCUUCAGAUUCGUCAGACGGGUUUAUCGCUGUUGUCAAGUGGGCUACCACUGUGGAAGUGUCAAGGGAAUACAAGGCGGAAAAGUUGGGGAUUACAACAUUGAGUUUCUGCUCGGAGAGGAUGUGCUGUCAGCACCGUUGGAGAAAGCAGAAGUUCAUUUUCACUUUUCAAACCCCCGACGCCUGAAUAUCCAACCCGUGCUGCCCUCGCUGGAGAAACGAGGGUUCCCUACUCGGUACAGAGUCUGGUUGAGAGAUGGUGUUGUGGAGCUGAGGGUGGAUCUGCUCGCCCUCGUCCAGGCCCUGCAACUGGUCGUUGGAGGAGCCGGCAGAGGUCCGAGCGUGAUGGAAAUGCAUCGGGUGAGGGGUUUGACCAGGCCAGGGGUUGUUGUCCAAAAGCAAAGACCCCCAUCCCCUCAAGAAACGGUGCCUGUAGAGUGGGGGGAGGUGAAUGAGGGCAGGGAUGGUGCGGCCCCCCUGCAGCCCGCUUUAGAGCUGGGUCUGGCGUUACACUGCAGCUUACUGGACAGUAUCGCACAGCCCUGUCGAGAUUACGGUGUGCAUCUAGAACACGCGCCCUUCAUCGCCCUGACGUACAGAUAGCAGGACACGUGCAGCUGUAUUGAAGAGCAUGCGUGCAUUAGGAAACUGCUUCUGUGUCCGGCCAAACGGUGACAAUCCCUAGCGCCCCCCCUUCACAAGUUCUUUGUGGCCAUAAAAGUCCAUUCAGUCCACUAACACCUGGUGUGAAUGUUCCCUGGAUGGUUCGCUAUUUUUUAAGAAUUGCUAAUGAUUCCCAUUGUUCUGUGACAAUGGUGCUUCAGUAGAAGCUUACUGUAAUUCAGAGUGGCCUAUGUUAUAUGGAACACUAUGCACUUCAGCAUGUAAAUUGAAUUUAUUAACUUAUGGGUGUUAUUUGUGAGAAACGGUAUGACUGUAUAAAUGUAAAUAGUGUAUAAUUACAGUUUUAUAUAUUAAAACUUUUUUUUGCAUUGUAUAUACAUGUCCAAUAGUUUAUUUUUCCUGUGGGCAGUGUAUUGUUUCUUCUAAAUUGUUUGAGACAUUGCGUCUCAAGGUGUUUUAAAUUAAAUCCAAUAUGAAAUGACUCACGUACUACAAAUGAAGCAUUUUCGGUGUCGAUUGGUAAUUCUAAACUAAAAAGUUUCUUAUUUUACACAUACAGUAGUUUCACACAGUACACAUAAUUUACUAAAUCCUGGUUGGACAUGAUAGGCACUAACGCGAUCAAAUUAACAGUAAAGACAUUUAUAAUGUUACUAAAGAUUUCCAUGUCAAAUAAAUGCUAUUCUUUUGAACUUUUUAUUUAUCAAAGAAUGCCAAAAAAAAAAUCAGUUUUUCAACUAAA